AUGGAUGAGGAUGAGGAUGCUGGUUCAUGUAUGAAAGAUGUGUUCAAGAAAGUGCUGACUUUGUACAUACACGAGACAACGAAGAAGGAGAAGGAAGAUAGUAGUGAAAGUAGCUGGAGUUCUUCAGAGGCCUUUAGUCUGCCCUUAGAGAGCAUUAAGAAGCUCUCCAGUGAGGAAUUUCAAGUGAAAGCCAAUGAACUGGUGAAUGAGCUGCUGUUUCCAUCAUGCCCAAGCAAAGCGGUUGGCCCAGAGGACUUCAUCCAGGGAACACCAAGCUCCAGCAGCUGUCUGGCGAAGACUGCAUAUGAAAGCUGCUCUGGAGACUCUACCUGUUCGUCUCAUACUCUGAGUGUAACAGUAGACUUGUUGAAAGACCGAGUGGUGAACCAGGUGAUGGAAGCAGUUUCAUCAGUUGCAGAUGGUGAAAACCAAGUUGUAAAGAACACAAGGUCUUCAACUGCCGAGAGCAUCCAAGCCGUUGGUGUAUCCUCAGAGUAUGGUGUGAAUCGUUCUGUCAAGGAUGUCGCCUGCUCCACCAGUUCUUUGGGGUUGAUCAUUGGCUUACACACUGAUUCAGCAAAUAGACUAGGAGAGCCAAAGAGCAAAGCAAAAACAGAAGUGAAGAUCUGCAUCAAACCCAAAAUAAAGACUCUGAGGGUCAACAAGAAGUAUAUAUCUAAGACAAAUGUAGUGGGUCCAGUGAAGUUUGAGGCCAAUGCAAGUGCAAGGAAGCUGCAAGGAAAUGAUAUACGGCAGGGGACAGCAGGUCAGAGCAGCGAGGCACAAACGUCCACAUCCCAGACAGAAAAGGGCUCUGAGGGGAAAUCCAAGAAACGGAACAUUUUUGCCAGAUUCUUUUCAUCCGUCUCCAAGUCUGUGCGGAAAUGCUGUGUGUGCAGCAGAACCUAA